AUGCCCGGCAAAGUCAAAGCAUACGAGCUCCAGUCCAAGUCGAAGAAUGACUUGUCCAAGCAGCUGGUUGAGCUUAAGGAGGAGCUCCUCGCUCUGCGGGUGCAGAAGAUUGCCGGCGGCUCUGCUGCGAAGUUGACGAAGAUCAACACCGUUCGCAAGUCAAUUGCUCGGGUCAUGACGGUCAUGAACCAAAAGCAGAGGCAAAACCUUCGCGAGUUCUACAAGAGCAAGAAGUACUUGCCCCUUGACCUCCGCCCCAAGAAGACGCGCGCGAUCAGACGGCGACUGACACCCCACGAGAAGUCGCGGAAGACUCUCAAGCAGCAUAAGAAGGACAUCCACUUCCCGUUGCGGAAGUACGCGGUGAAAGCGGCAUGA